CUCGCCCGGGGACGACGCGGAGCCGGGCUGGCGUGGUGGCCGGGAUGUCGGCGAAGGAGAGGCCAAAGGGCAAAGUGAUCAAGGACAGCGUCACCCUCCUGCCCUGUUUUUAUUUCGUCGAGUUGCCUAUAUUGGCAUCUUCCGUGGUUAGCCUGUACUUCCUGGAGCUCACGGAUGUCUUCAAGCCUGUGCAUUCUGGAUUCAGCUGCUAUGACCGGAGUCUUAGCAUGCCGUACAUUGAACCAACCCAGGAGGCCAUUCCAUUCCUCAUGCUGCUUAGCUUGGCUUUUGCUGGACCUGCAAUCACGAUCAUGGUGGGGGAAGGAAUUCUCUACUGUUGCCUGUCUAAAAGGAGAAACGGAGCUGGGCUGGAGCCUAACAUUAACGCUGGAGGAUGCAACUUCAACUCUUUUCUUAGAAGAGCUGUCAGAUUUGUUGGUGUUCAUGUGUUUGGACUAUGCUCCACAGCUCUGAUUACAGAUAUCAUACAACUGUCCACAGGAUAUCAGGCACCAUACUUUCUGACUGUGUGCAAGCCAAACUAUACCUCUCUGAACAUAUCUUGCAAAGAAAAUUCCUACAUUGUGGAGGAUAUCUGCUCAGGAUCUGACCUUACAGUUAUCAACAGUGGCAGAAAAUCAUUCCCUUCUCAACAUGCAACCCUAGCCGCCUUUGCAGCUGUAUACGUUUCGGGCCUAUAUGCUGUGGGGAACUUUCUGCCUAGUGAAGACAGUAUGCUGCAGCACAGAGAAGCCCUUAGGUCUCUGGCAGACCUCAACCAAGACCCCAGCCGGGUUCUAUCAGCUAAAAAUGGCAGCAGCGGUGAUGGCAUUGGCAUUGCUCACACAGAAGGCAUCCUCAACCGAAACCACAGGGAUGCUAGCUCCUUGACCAACCUCAAAAGGGCCAAUGCUGAUGUAGAGAUCAUCACUCCGCGCAGCCCCAUGGGCAAGGAGAACAUGGUCACCUUCAGCAACACGCUGCCCAGAGCCAACACCCCAUCGGUGGAAGAUCCUGUCAGGAGAAACACGAGCAUCCAUGCCUCCAUGGACUCUGCGCGGUCCAAGCAACUCCUCACCCAGUGGAAGAACAAGAAUGAAAGCCGCAAGAUGUCCCUUCAAGUAAUGGACUCUGAGCCUGGGCAGUCUCCACCCAGGUCCAUAGAAAUGAGGUCAAGCUCAGAGCCAUCGAGAGUGGGCGUGAAUGGAGACCACCAUGGUCCUGGCAAUCAGUACCUCAAGAUCCAGCCUGGCACUGUCCCCGGGUGUAACAACAGCGUGCCCGGGGGACCACGUGUGUCCAUUCAGUCCCGCCCUGGCUCCUCUCAGCUGGUGCACAUCCCAGAGGAGACCCAAGAAAACAUCAAUACCUCCCCUAAAAGCAGCUCGGCUCGGGCCAAGUGGCUGAAGGCGGCUGAGAAGACGGUGGCCUGCAACCGAGGCAACAGCCAGCCUCGUAUCAUGCAAGUGAUCGCCAUGUCCAAACAGCAGGGUGUCCUCCAGAGCAGCCCCAAAAACGCAGAGGGCAGCACAGUCUCCUGCACUGGCUCCAUCCGCUACAAAACCUUGACUGAUCAUGAACCCAGCAGUAUCGUGAGAGUCGAGGCCCACCCUGAGAACAACCGGCCCAUCAUCCAGAUCCCAUCCACCGAAGGGGAGGGCAGUGGUUCCUGGAAGUGGAAAGCCCCCGAAAAGGGCAGUCUACGCCAAACUUACGAGCUCAACGACCUCAACAGAGACUCGGAGAGCUGCGAGUCCCUGAAAGACAGCUUCGGCUCUGGCGAUCAUAAGAGGAGCAACAUUGAUCCCAGCGAGCAUCACCACCAUGGCAUCACCACCAUCCGCGUCACCCCGGUGGAGGGCAGUGAGAUCGGUUCAGAGACCCUGUCCGUCUCGUCCUCGCGCGACUCCACCCUACGGAGAAAGGGUAACAUCGUUCUAAUCCCUGAAAGAAGCAACAGCCCCGAAAACACUAGAAACAUCUUCUACAAAGGAACCUCCCCCACACGGGCCUAUAAGGAUUGAGUGAUGGCCUCUCGAUCACAUUGGGAGACCCCCCCCCCCGAAAGACCACGUGUUGCCUCUACCUGUACUCUCUCUGCUCCAGAAGUUUGGGAAGCCGUCUUGCCAAACUAGAUUGUUCACCAUCAGCCCUGAACUCUGUGACUCUAGCAAACUCGCACACUAACCUUGUAGAUUUUACAUCCAGAGUAGGGGAAGGGGGGGGACAAGAUGCACGACUCUAACUUAUGGGUUAAUGUGAAGAAUUUUCUUAAGACCUGUCAUGAAAUUCAAAAGGAUUUGCAGAGGGCAGUAUCAAAAGAAAGUGGUUUCCUUCCAUGCAUACUAUUUAACUUCCCGAAUGUGUCAACUUUGGGGAUUUUUCUUUCCAAUGAGCUGUGGGAAUCCAGAACACACAGGCGUUCCCUACAGCAGA